AUGAAAAUUAGAGAUUUAGAAUUUACAGAAACUCUUUUGGUUAUCGGUGAUAAGUUAGACGAUUAUCAGCGCAACCCGAACGAUAUUUACAAUGGUCGAUACACGAGAGACAUUAAAGAUGCCGAGCUUUUGAUACCCCGCCACGUUCACGAGAAUGGAGCACUCAAUACCUAUCAGUUACCCAAAUUUUAUCAACGGGAAAAGUUAGAAAAAGAGAGAAGACGACGGGAAAACACUCUACUGCACCUAGUGCUACCAUUUAACGGCGCUGAUAACCACGUGGAACUCAAGCCGUACCAUGAUUUCAUAUCACCGGAUAUGGUCAUUGAAACGCGAUCACUGGAUUCCGAAUCUUCUCGGUUUAACGAAAGCAAUCUACACUUUAAGUGGCCCAGUGAUAAUCAGUGUCACUACAGGGGUGCUCUGCGAGGACAUGCGAACUCCCGAGCUACCCUGUCGCUCUGCGAGGGGGUAGUAGGAUAUGUAAAUACUGAUCACGGAAGAUAUUACAUCGAACCUUUGGAUGGAGACCUACCCGAUGACGAUGGUCAACAUAUUCAUCUAAUUUACAAAAAGGAAAUAUCGCAUGAGAAUAUGGCUCACGCCAAUAAAGCGCCUUUCUGCGGAGUGAAUGACGACUGGGAAAGUGCGUGGUCUGAACAAUUGGCUCGACGACCAAGAAACGAAGCUGAGAGCAGUAGUUCAGUUAUACCGAUAAAUGAAAAACGGGCAUCUUCGAGUACCCAUAGCAUUCAUCGCUACAUCGAGGUUGCACUCGUAGCCGAUCGGCGAUUCCUCGACUUCCAUAAAGGUACCAAUUACGAGCAGUAUUUACUCACCGUGAUGAAUAUGGUAUCGGAUUAUUAUCACGACGCCAGUGUUGGCAAUCAGAUCGACGUUAUCGUAGUUCGCAUCGUUUAUCUGGAAAAGGAGAAGAACGAGAUAGACCUGCAGAUAAGUCCCGACGCCGAGAAAACGUUGGAGAGUUUUGCUAAAUGGAUCGAAAAACUCAAUCCAACCGACACGCAACAUCCUAACCAUUUCGACAUAGGUGCCCUUGUUACAAGACACGACAUCUGCGCAGAGGGUAACAAUUGUAAUCUUUUGGGACUAGCUUUCGUAGCUGCUGCUUGCGAAAGAAAAAAGGCAGCUUGCAUAAACGAGGAUUCGGGGCUUUUACUGGGAAUCGUCAUUGCUCACGAAAUCGGACAUACAUUAGGCUGUUCUCACGACACCGAAGAAAUCAGUGGAUGUCCCUCCACUGAUAAGGACGAAAGUUACUUCGUGAUGUCGCCUAUCGUCUUUAUAUACACUAUCAGAUGGUCACCGUGUAGCAGGAAAUUUAUUACCUCUUUUCUCGAAAGUGGCCUCGGAGAAUGUCUGAUUAAUAAUCCGAAAAAUCCUCCCGAUAAGUACAAAUUUCCCAAUAUGUUGCCUGGCGCGAUGUACGAUGCGGAUUUUCAGUGUAAACUCAAUUACCCCGGCUCAACGCCCUGUGAAUCCGAUCCAGAUGAAGAUCUCUGCGAAGAGCUUUGGUGCAACAUAGGCGGAGACAAUUGUAAAUCCAAAGGCGCCCCACCCGCUGAUGGCACGAAGUGUGCUGAGAACAAGUGGUGCAUUCAUAAGAAAUGCGUCGAAAUGGGCUCACGCGGCGACGUAGUAAACGGCGAAUGGGGCAAUUGGGGAAAGCUGGGCGAGUGUUCGCGCACAUGCGGCGGUGGCAUCAAGUUCGCCGAGCGCGAGUGCAACAAUCCGGCGCCGAAGAACGGCGGAAGAUAUUGCACAGGGGAGAGGAAAAAAUUCGAUACCUGCAAUACCAAACCUUGCGACUCGUCCAAGCCAUCCUUUCGAGCUGUCCAGUGCAGCGAGUACGACAAGAAAACCGACGUUACUGGCGGAGCCCACAAGUGGCAACCCUUUUCGCGCGCGGAUCUCGACGCCUGUGCUCUCUACUGCAUAAACGAGAAGCGCAGCUUUAUGAAGCUCGGUCCCACGACGAAAGACGGAACGCCUUGCAAGACCGGCACGUACAACAUGUGCAUAAGCGGCGUGUGCAGGAAAGUCGGCUGCGACUGGGUCAUCGAUUCGGACGCGGUUGAAGAUGUUUGCGGUGUCUGCAAGGGCGGCGGUGAUAAGUGCACGAGAAUCGAAGGAGAUUACACGGAAAAAGCGAAAAACUCCGGAUAUUCGAGAAUCGUAGUCGUACCGAAAGGCAGCAGGAAUAUUCGCGCUUACGAAAUGAAGGAACACGACAACACACUCGCUGUCAAGCUAGCUAAGAAAAAUAGCUACUGUCUUAAUGGCAAUUUAGUUGAGGAGAAAAGCGGCGACUAUCAUUGUGCGGGUUCUUCCAUAAACUACAAGCACGUUAAACCGAAUUUGGAAGAGAUCGAAAUCAGAGGGCCGAUAACGGAAGACAUUGAAAUUCAAUAUGUCUUCUACGCAGCGGAUAAUCCCGGAGUCCAUUACGAAUAUUACGCGGACUCGCCAAACAAAUCGCACAAGCCGAAAUAUUCGUGGGAGUACUUGGAAUGGAGUGACUGCGAUGCGAAGUGUGGCGGUGGAACGAAGAUUUCUGAAGCUUCCUGCGUGGAAGAGAAAGCGGGCAAAGUAACGGCCGAAUAUUGUAAUGGGAUCAAGCAACCACCUCCCAAAAGUCAAACGUGCAACGAAGCGCCUUGUUCUCCCAAGUGGCGCGUAAGCCAGUGGAGCCGUUGCAGCAGCUGCGGAGGCAAAGUCGGCGAGAUGCGCCGGAAGAUACAGUGCGUCCGUCCUGGACCUCACGUCGGCGAUGACUACGUGCAGACGAAUUUCGACGCUUGUCCAGCGAAACCUCCAACGCAGACGAAGGUUUGCUAUGGCACUGAGCCCUGUCGCAAACCUUGUCCGCCGAGAAACGUUAGGAAUACCUACGCCUUAUCGUCAUCUCAGGACGUGUCGAAUAAAGACAACGAAAUGGAAAUUAGCGAUUGUCUUGAAAACGACGGUACCAUUAGCGACUUUACUACUCCGAUGCCGGGUAGCGUCGUUGUCGACUCAGCGACGGAGAACCUCGACUCGCGUAUGCCAGCUGCCAAUUUUUAUCAUAGAAGUCGAAAUGUCGGUUGCAAUUUACCGUGUAUGCAGAAGAAAAAGUAUGGUCGACGAGUCCCAUUCGAAUAG